UGCAGCGAAGCAACUAAGUAGUAGGACAGGACAGGACAGACACUCCCACAAAAUAAAAUUAAAACUGCAAUUGCAAAAUUGCGUCAUUUGUGCUCUUCCAUCCUCCACCGAUAUGUUUUAAUGGACAUAUAGAGAUUGGUGGGAUGAGUUGCUUCACCGUUUGCUGUAGGCAAAAAAUAUCUUCACCUAAGAAGCGAACAACAGAUAUAAACGAAGAAAUUUUUUCAAGCGUUGAAGAUGCUAAGCUGUACAGUUACAGAGAAUUACAAAUAGCUACUCAAAGUUUUAAUGAGUCUAACAAGAUUGGCGAAGGCGGCUUUGGUUUGGUCUACAAGGGAAGGCUAAAAGACGGCUCUUUAGUGGCUAUAAAGGUUCUCUCUGCCCAGUCAGAGCAAGGCGUGAAGGAAUUUUUGAAUGAGAUAGUCUCGAUAUCAGGAGUCGAACAUGAAAACCUCGUCAAGUUGUACGGUUGCUGCACGGAAGGGGGCCACAGAAUCUUGGUAUACGGCUAUCUCGAAAAUAAUAGCCUUGCUCGAACUCUUCUAGGAGGACGAGCCAGCCGUGUUCAGUUCACGUGGAAAAUACGGUCUCAGAUCUGCAUAGGGGUGGCACAAGGACUCGCCUUCCUUCAUGAGGAAGUCCGGCCUCAUAUCAUUCACAGAGAUAUAAAAGCAAGCAAUGUACUCCUUGACAAAGAUUUCAAGGCAAAGAUUUCAGAUUUCGGUUUGGCGAAGCUUUUCCCGACCAACGCGACGCACAUCAGCACACGUGUUGCUGGGACACAUGGUUAUUUAGCCCCAGAAUAUGCGAUUCGUGGAAAGCUGACACGGAAAGCAGACGUGUACAGCUUUGGCGUUCUCCUAAUGGAAAUCGUCAGCGGAAGGAGCCACAGAGACAAGAGAUUACCAGCCGGAGCACAAAAUCUCCUUGAAAUGGCGUGGACUCUAUACGAGAAGGGCCUGCUGUCCGAGCUGGUCGAUUCAUCGGUGGAGGGGGAGGCCAACAUUGACGAGGCUUGCAGAUAUCUCAAGAUCGGGUUUCUAUGCACCCAAGUGAUGCCCAAAACGCGCCCCGCCAUGUCUGAGGUCGCGAAAAUGUUGAAAGGCGAGAUAGAUGUGGACGAUGAGAACAUCACGAAGCCGGCCCUAGUGACGCAGCUGCUGGGUCUGACGAGCUCGAGCUACGAACCACACGGAUCAUCGUCAGGCUGGGGAACACCAGAUGGGUCUUCUCCAUUACAAGUUACAAAUGUGUCGCAUGGUACCAUGACUUUCAGUUCAAUAUAUGAUCGGAGUAAUUAAGCAGAGACAAUGUUUAGUGAUAUGGCAAAUUUUUGUUGGGCUUUUUUUGUGAGUGAAAAUCUUUGUAUUAAAGUGAUAAUAGUAUAUUUCAGUCUACUUCAAAAUGUCAAUUUAGAAAAUUUCGAAUUGCA